AUGGUGGUUAAUUCUUUCCUGUUAACCAGAGAUAACCUGGCUAAAGCUAAAAUCCUGCUGUCUAUCUCUCUUUGUCCUGUCUGUGAAGAUCAUUUGGAGAGCCAUCAGCAUCUGUUCUUCGAGUGCUGCUUAUCCAAGAGUGUUUUGUCUUUUAUCCUCUUCUGGAUUGGGUUUCCUGCCUGGGCUACUAAGUUCUCGGAUUGGACAGUUAGGCUUAGUGCUGGGAACAAUGACAGUUUUAGUUUAACUCUGAAUAUGAUACUUGCUGCAGUGGUUUAUAGUGUUUGGAGGAAUAGGAAUAGAUGCAUUUUUGAUGGGUUUUCACUGUCAGCUUAUUGUAUAGCCAAAGAGAUUAUUACUUUAGUGAAAUAUAGAUUGAAUAGUGUUCAUAGCAGGAAAGGUGUCCCUCUUUUCAAGCUCUUCUUAAGAAAGCUUCAAUUGUAUGUAAUGUGA